AAAAGGGUGACUCUAAAGAAUAGCGGCCCAAACCGAAACGACCUUCGAACAAAAAAGUGACCUUGAGCAAGGAAUCAGCUGACUGUGUCAUUUUCGGAAGUAAUCAUGGAUGUUUUCGAUUACUGUUUGGAUAACGGACUCAUAGCUUUGUCGAAAAUUUGCCAGUGCGGAGGAGUUAUGCAUAUACAAAUAUAAGCAGAGGCCAUCGAUGGCUUUGUAUACAGAUGUAUUGAGUGCCGAAGGAGGAAAUCGUUUCGAGAUGGUUUGUCGUUGUUUUUUAGUUUACAGAUCCCUUAGGAACUUUUUUCUCUCGGUCUAAACUACCGUUAACGAAAAUCUUAAUGAUAUGUAACUUCUGGGUCCUCAAAAGACCAGUUGCAGCUACGGCUUACGAAACAGAAAAUUCAGAGGUGUCAGCAGUGCAGUGGUACAAUUACUGCAGAGAUGUUUCCUCGUGGAAAAUGAACAGUCUGACUCAAGUUCUUGGAGGAGUCGGUGUAAUCGUACAUAUUGAUGAAACUGUAUUGAUAAAAAGGAAAUAUAACCGGGGGAGAUUACAAUCCAACCAGCAGUGGAUAUUGGGUAUAUACGACACAACACUACGAAAAGGGUAUAUAGAGGCGAUUCCAAAUCGCAGUGCAGGUGUAUUAUUGCCUAUUAUUCAGCGUUUGGUGCUGCCUGGGACGACUAUUCACACAGAUGAAUGGAGUGCCUACCGUCAAUUAUCCAAUCAUGGGUAUAUUCAUCAUGUCGUCAAUCACACGGAGGGUUUCAGGAAUCCUGUGGAUGGAACGCACACUAAUUCCAUCGAAAGUUUAUGGAGUCGUCUGAAAAGACGGAUAAGAGCUGUUAAUGGAUCAAGAAAUCCAAUGAUUUACAGUUAUCUAGAUGAAUUUAUGUAUAGAAACUGGUUUAAUAUGACAAUGAAGACUCCUAUGAGAAACUGGGAGGUUUUUUUGCAACAUAUACGCGAACGUUAUCCUUUGUAACUAUUUAUUAUGACUGCAUUACUUAUAUAUAAACCGUUUUUUACAAUUAUGCGCCUUUCAUUUUGAGCCUUCUCAUUGGUCGAAGUUGUCCCUGUCAAGGUCAUUUUUGCGUUGAAAGGUCGUUUCGGUUUGGGCCGCUAUUCUUUAGAGUCACC